CACCGCUGCAAACCAAGACAGUGAUCGCAACCACCGUUUUUGACCAAAACGGUGAUAGCAUCAUCGCUUUGGACCAAAACAGUGAUGCUAUCACUGUCUUGGACAAAAGCGAUGAUGGUAUCACCGUUUUUGACCAAAACGGUGAUUGCAUCACUGUCUUGGUUUAAAGCGAUGAUAGCAUCAUCGCUUUCUACCAAAACGGUGAUGCGAUCACCGUUUUGGUUAAAAACGGUGAUACUCGACCUUAUCAUCGCUGAUGUGUAAAGCGAUCAUAUCAUCGCCAUUGACCAAAACGGUGAUAAUUGACACGUUUUAGCGCCCUGGUAGGUGGAAAUUAGGUCACAGCUACCAAGCAAUCACCGCUGAGGACAAUGGCGGUGAACACAUCACUGUUUUUGUCCAAAGCGGUGAUUGCUAAAUUUUUUUUCUAUAAAUACUUACCUCCACUUCCCCUAUUGCUACCUUACAGAAAAUUAGUACAAAAAUUAGUGUUUUAUUAGUCGUUUUCUCAGCUGGUUUGGAGUUGGUUUACUGCUCAAGAAACUCGUCGGGAUUCGGUAUGUUAUAAUUAUGUAAUGUUUACAUGUUGAUGUGUUAGUAAUUUAUAUGUCUGUAUUUAGUGAAUUGCGGUUAUUGGAAAAUAUGUUAUGAUAUAUUUAGAUUAAUUAUGAUAUGAUAGAUGUUAGUUAAUUAGUUAUGAAUUUAGAUGAAUUUGUUUAGUUUUCUCAUGAUAGAUCGGGAGUCGGUAUGUUAUAAUUAUGUAUUGUUUACAUGUUGAUGUGUUAGUAAUUAUAUGUCUGUAUUUAGUAAAUUGCGGUUAUUGGAAAAUAUAUUAUGAUAUAUUUCGAUUAAUUAUGAUAUGAUAGAUGUUAGUUAAUUAGUUAUGAAUUUAGAUGAAUUUCUUUAGUUUUCUCAUGAUAGAUCAAUUACAUCCGUUUGUUUAUGGGUUUGGAUGAUAUUGUUAUUGUAUCCCUAAUGUACUAAUUAUAUACUAUACUUAAUUAUUAUAAAUUGCAGACAUAUUUAAAUUUAAGAAGUUUCGGCUUAUUAUUCGGUGGAAUGGUCGGGUGACAAACUCGAACAUUAGCAUCGACUAUGAAAAUGGCGAAUCCACUAUGCUAAAAAUUGAGUCGAGAUUCUCGUGGCAAGAACUCCAUGACAUUUGUGCAGAAAGGACUUGUACGGGCGGGCAAAGGAGAGUUGGUCAAAUUGCCUACCGCUAUCCAAACAUGAGUGCUGGCGGAGUCAUGUACGAAAAAGUUGUCAUAAAUGAUGAUGACUCGGUGAACAUGAUGAUACAGUUCUUAUCUGACAACGGGUUGCGGCUUGCAGAGGUGUAUGUCGAGACCGAGCCGGUCGGUGAAACUCAUUCUCACCAGUAUUCUUGUGAUGAUGGUUUUGCAGGAGGGUAUGGCUGGGGUGGUAGUUCAAGUAACUACGGAGGAGGUACUUCUGCAGGAGGGUAUGGCUGGGGUGGUACUUCAAGCAACUACGGAGGAGGUAGUUAUGAAGGAGGUGUUGGGUGGGAAGAAUACCCGCAACAUGGUGAGACUGCCGUCAAUAUCGUUCAGCCCGACGGUGAUCAAUGGCCUGCUUGGGGUCCAGAGUGGGCUGACAUUGAGAACAACCUUCGAUCUGGGCGUUCUUCGCAUGACCAACAAUACGAUGUUGGUUAUGCUGGUAACGAUGACCAUCCUGAGUCGAGCUAUCCAUUCGCCUCUAGUGACGAUGAAAGUGAGGAAGAUUUGAGAUCAGUCAGUGAGGAGGAAGAUACGGACGAUAUCGACGAUAUCGAUGACAGAGAGGUGGCGUUCCGUCAGGCACCAACGCCUUACUACACAGAGGUUCCUGAUCAAUUUUUAUAUGGUCAGAACGAUGCCCCUGACUAUCGGCCCAUGCCGGUGUAUAAUCCGACUGCUCCUUUGGAAGUGGGUAUGGCGUUCACUUCGAAAGCCGAUGUGCAAGAUGCUUUUAGCGAAGAAGCCAUGCGCCGUAACUUCGAAUGGAAGGUAAAAUAUUCUGACACCAAACAAUUGCAUGUCAUUUGUAAGAAUGCUGGAGAGGGUUGUGAGUGGCAACUUCGGGCUGCAUAUAUGAAGAGAAAGGGCGUCUGGGUCAUGCGAACAGUAGAGAACAACCACAGAUGCUCCUCAACCAUACUUUCACAGGAUCACCGGCAACUGAAAGCAAAAAAGGUGGCGAGAACCAUUAAGCACCUAAUCGAGGCACAACCGGAUAUCAAGAUAAAAGCUAUUAUGGCCGAGGUGAAGGAUCGACAUUCCUACACCAUAAGGUAUAAGAAGGCGUGGCAUGGGAAGCAGAACGCCAUGGCUGAGGUCUACGGUGAUUGGGAUGACUCGUAUGCUUUACUCCCUCGACUAAUGUCCGCAAUGGAGGAGUCCAACCCUGGGACGGUUUUCGUGCCGUGGUACAACAACGUGCAAACUGAAGAUCAAGUUCGAGUACAGAACGAGUUGAUGUUCAAUCGUCUGUUCUGGACAUUCAAGCCAUGCAUUGACGGGUUUCCCUUCUGCAUGCCAGUGAUUCAGGUUGAUGGAACUUUCUUUACUGGGAAGUAUAAAGGAACUCUUCUCAUUGCAAUUGGGGUUGAUGGAAAUUUAAGUAUCUUCCCCUUAGCAUUUGCAUUAGUUGAAGGGGAGAACAACUUAAGUUGGGCAUGGUUUUUUGACCAGCUACACGCCCACGUCACACAAAGAAUGAGUAUUACAAUUAUAUCGGAUCGACAUGCCGGGAUUAAACACGCCGUCAAUGGUUUUCCCGACGAAUGGGGAUGGACAUGGCGCUGGUGUAUUCGUCACUUCCUUGCCAAUUUCCAACACAAAUUUGGUAAGAAGAAAGACAUAAGAGAUCAAUUGUGGAGUGCAGCGGUUGCACAUCAACCAAAGAAGUACGAGCAGAAGAUGAAGACGAUCCGUCAGAUACACCGGGCGGGAGCAAUAUGGGCAGAAGGUCAAGAUCUGCACAUGUGGACAUUUCACAUGGACAACGGGGCUAGAUUCGGCAUUACAACUACCAAACAUGGCGAGACAAUAAAUGGAUUCUACAAGGGCAUUAGGGCAAUGCCUGUAUCUGUCCUAGUGGAGAUGACAUACUGGAAGGUAAACGAGUGGUUUGUGAAGAGACGGGAUCGUGCUAUAGGGAGGGAGCGUGCUGGUCAUUCAAUAGCACAUCAUAUAUUUGAUGGCAUGCAGAAGAUCGAGGAGAAAUCAAGUAAGCACAGAGUUGUUCUGUUCAACCGCAAUGAAGGUAUUUUUGCUGUGCAAACAGGUAUAUGGGGUGGAGGAAGACGUGGUCAUAAUCGUCAAUCCGUUACUCUGCACGUAGAAACUUGCACCAGAGAGUGUACAUGCCAAAAGUAUCAAAACAGAAGAGUACCUUGUUCACAUGCAAUGGCAGUAGCUAAGUCGAUAACCCUCAGCGCUUACAGUUUGGUUAGUCCUUACUACACGGUACAGGCGAUCAGGAACUCCUACUCGUCAAGUUUCAGCCCCCUGCCGGAUGAAGCUUAUUGGCCUGUAGACAAUGGGAAGUUGAUUAUACCACCGUUGCACUUAAAGCGCACCAAAGGUCGUCCUAGGACCGAAAGGAUUCACAAUGAAAUGGAUCAAUCACAACGUGCCCGACGAGGUCCAAAGCGUUGCUCAAAGUGCAGACAACCGGGUCAUGACAAGAGGCGUUGUCCAGGUCCACCUCUAGAGCAAGAUUCGGGGCCAAGUACAAACCAACCUUGAGUACUCUUUUGUUCACUUCCUUUUCAUUUUCGUUGUUGUGAUGUUUAAGUUGGACGUCUUGUUUUAAUCUUGUUGAGUGAUUGUAAUGAAUGGUGUCUGUUGUUUACUUUGGUACAACAUGGGGGAAAAUCAACACAAUCCCAAACUAAAUUAAGACGACAUAGAUAGUUCAUGGAAAACAACACAAUCCCAAACCAAAUUACGACGACAUAGAUAGUUCAUGGAAAAACAACACAAGACCAAACAUAAUUAAGACGACAUAGAUAGUUCAUGGAAAAACAACACAAGACCAAACAUAAUUAAGACGACAUAGAUAGUUCACUGGUUCUCUUCAUUUCCCUCUUCCUCCACUUCCCCUUCUCUUCCUCUUCCUCCACGACCUCCUCGACCCCUUCUUCCGCCUUCUCUACCUCCUCCUUCUUCACGAGCCCGCUGGACAACUCCUCGCGGAUUCCUCUUAACCCGACCACCCACCGGAGUGUAGACAGGUGGUGGGGGUUGAUAUGGCUGAGAUGAACCAGAAGCGUGGUGGAAAGUCGAUGAUGUGUGUUGUUGAAGCGGGGUCUGAUACUGAGCAGUUUGUUGCUGAUGGUGGAAGUGAGGGGUGCCUUGGGCGAACAUGUCAUGUUCCUGAGUCGGGGCAUAGCUUGACGACCCUCCGGUGCCCUCAGUACUAGUUGCCCAAUCACAAUGUGGCCAUGGUUCAGGAAGUUGAGUUUGUUGAGACGGACGAAGCUCUUCAAUGUUUUCUCUCACCCUUCUUCUGCUCCUCCGUGGGGGCUCUUGUGGGGGCACGAUCCUCUAAUCAGCACGGAAUGACGGUCGGGGCGGUGGAGGCAUUGGAGGGUAUAAUACGACAUCCCUCCUUUGCUCUCGGGUACAACAGAGCAGGUUGUUGAAAAGCCUGCGCAAAAAAAAAAAGUCUUCCGCUCAUCCAUGGUGGGUGCACUCUCGACAGUGUGCUUGGCAUAUGUUGAUGUAGAAUUCAUGCUUCUUUUGUCAAUCCUUUUUGGUGUGGCGUAGGUCAAUGGCGUGGAGCUCCCUGAACCCUUGAGGUGGGGAUGCUGAAAUUGGUUGCUCCAAUCGAUAUUGCCUCAAAGAUCGAUCGGGCAGGUGCCAUUCCACCAUGUGGAAGCAGAUUAAGGGCACCUUGCACAACCAUGUCUCUUCAUCCUCGGGAUGUCUAAGACGAUGCAACUCAACCACUUCAUUUGGAUAUGGAUCCCAUACCGCCUACAAUCAUUAUAGUUCAUGGAAUUAGUACAAAUUAUAUCCACUCCACCUAAAAAAUUGAAAAUGAUGAAAUCUAAGUAUUUUUACCUGGUUCCACCAAGGCUUAUCGAAUUCAGCACGAUAAAACAGCAAAGAGUGUUCGGGCUGGUGGUCGUUUGUAUUUGCUUUGAUCCACCUAAUUAAGCAAAAGUACGUAUAUAAGCAAUUUUUAUGGCAUAGAUGUUUACUUGUUAAGUAUGAUUGUAUGGAAGCAUCUAAAUUGAACUAAAAUUCCUUACUUGGCAAUAAUCUAAAUUAGCUAAAUACGAUUUGGUUAGAAAAAUUCUAAAUUUGCUAACUUGGAAGAUAUCUAACUUCACUAAAAUACUAUAAUUGCA